UCGUGUUUGAGGCUUCGGCGAUGGGAGACACCACUUGCUCAGCUAUCAAGAUCAAACAAGAGAGUAAAGAGGAAUUGGCGGAUGAAGUUUUAUCAGAGGCUCCAUACCAAACUGUCACCCAGGCUGCGCUAACUACCAUCGGACCAUCAAUAUUAGAUACCCAAUCAGGCCAGUCAGAUCAGCCAGUGCGGUUGGUUGUGAUAAAGAAGGAGCGUUGCAGCGAUUAUGGACCUUUACUAAUCAAAAGCAAUCAAAAGGAGCCUACAUCUGGUCGUGUUCUUUCGGCUAUGCCGUUGGUCAUUGUUCCAGUGAGCCCGGAGGGCCCAGCUCUGGGGGCAGAUGCAAAGUCAAGUGGUGGUCCAAUCGUAACCUCUAUAUUAAACUCAUCAAACAAGGUCAUCCAGCCUGUUGUAUUGACAGGCACCCUUAGACAACCCCUGUCUACAAGCCUUACCGUAAUCCAACCAAGAACUCUGAACGAAGCGCCUAUAGCAACGUCUCUAAAAGUAGAUGCCCGCCUUCUUACUUGCGAUCAAAAAGCUAAUGGCACAAUUAAGGGAGUCAGUCAAAGGAAGCAGGUCUUUCCACGUCAAGUGAAACCUCUAUCGACUCGAAGGAGUCAGUUUCAAACGAGUAUAGAUAACGCGUCCGUAGCGGUAACGGGCACCUCAAGCAGCGUCACCACCGCGGCUGGACAAACUUCCCUGGUACAUAAUGCACAACUGAAGCCAGUACCCAUAAAGGUUGUUACUAUCAAUUCAAAUGGUUUUCGUUCAGUUCAGUAUAGCACGCCUAAAGCCUUACGGCGUCAAGUGGACCCAAAUAUUUCGCAAGCGUCUGCAAACUCUGUUGUGUUACUCCCAUCAAGAAAAAUCCCUAUACAGAGAUAUCCUUGUAGGAUGAUGUCAUCAAUAGCAUCGGUACCGAUCUCGAAUCAAUCUGUAACGGAGAUCGAUGUUCCGAAGCCAGUGCCGUCAAAGACUAGAAAAAGCUUCUUGUCAGAUUGUCCAGAAAAAUUAUCAGAGAGUACGUUAGCCAAAUCCUUGGACCUUGAAAGGAUCGUUGAGUUUGAGCCAGAAGCUAACGUGGUGAGUACACCGAACACACCUUCGGUUACAUUUACAGAAAAAGACGAGUUUAAAGGACUAAUCGAAUUCGAGCCGGAGCUUUUCGACGUUGAAGCUGAAAGCGUGGACAAUACUACGGUACUGGACUAUCCCGUCGCGAGAGAUGACAGCGAAAGGAGAACGAGUAAAAACACGCGACGAGGAUCACGCAAACGCGUAGUUCAACAGCCUCCGGCUAUAUUGCCCCCGCCGAGCCUAACGCCAAAUGGAAUCAGUCAAUCUGGUCUGGUACGGCCGGCAAACGGCGCGAAACAGCGAGCUCGUGCCACUGGAGAGUAUAUCUGUGAAUUCGAAAACUGCGGUAAAGUCUUUAUUCGAAAGCAGAACUUGCGUGAUCAUUGGCGUGUCCACACGAAUGAUCGCCCUUACAAAUGCAACUUUUGUGGAAAGGCUUUCAAGCAGGCCUCGCACGUUAUCGAUCACCAACGUUUGCAUACGAAAGUCAAGCCAUUCCUCUGCCGAGUUUGUGGGGCCGGUUUUGUUCAGGCAGGCCAGCUUAACAAUCAUAUCCGGAAGCAUACAACCGAUAAACGUCGCCCCUUCAAAUGUCCACAUUGCCCAUUCGGAGCAGCCAUACAGGAAGCCAUCGACGCACACGUCCAUGAAGCCCAUGUACUUCCUGCUGUAGAUAAUUCAAAUCGUUCUCCGUUAGACUGCCCGCUAUGCAUUUACCGUGCAGUAACCAAACAAGAUCUGGAUGAUCAUAUGAGUCGGCACGUUCAUCUACGGAAGUUUAGCUGCCCCUAUUGUGAAUACAGGGCUCAUACAAAGAGCCGUCUAGACACACAUUUGUUAUUACACACAGGUGAAAAACCUCAUCCGUGCAGCGUGUGCGGUCGACGAUUUCGGCAAAAGAGUCAAAUGGAGACUCAUUGCGCAAGUCAACAUCAGGAUCACGUUAAGACGAAACUCAGUAAAAGGAAGAUGGUCACAGAGGACAGAAAAAUUGGCCACGGGUUUGACGUCGGCGCAAACGAUGCAAGGAUAGAAGUUGUAUCCGACGAAGAUAUAGAUGUAAAACCAAUUAUACUGGAUGAAGUCAUACCUCCUUCUAAAUGAUUGAAACUUUGUGAUAGUAGUCAUUUUCGUCCACUUCAUUAUUAUUGUCACUGAACAACCUGUUGUUGCAAAAUAUCAAGACGUUAUUAAGGCAUUGAUUGAAUCUACAGAGUAUUGUCCCCUAUGUACGACCCUGAUAAACAGAAAAAAACGCAUUUUCACGCUCUCUUAAUUUUCCCACUUUUUAUUUUAUUUUAUUUAACUAGUUGCGUAAACGUAUAGUUAUUUAAACGCGAAAGUAAAGGUAAUACCAACUUCAACUAUCUGCGCUUGUCAGUUGAAUGACAACAACGGCAAAACGUGAUGAACAACAAGUAACACAUAUGUCUACUAAGUAACCCGUUUGUUUCUAAUUUUCAUAAUUUGGUUAAUUCUAACUGGUAGAAGCGUACCCUGGUACUUCCGAGACAGCCAAUGGCCGAUCAUCCACAUUUACCCUUUCAUUGUUACUGUUAUGUUAUAUAGAUGAUAUAUAUCGAAAUAAGCGGCACGUAUACUUUAGACGCGCUCAUAACGAAAUCGUUACGAGAAAGCUGAUUAUGAAGAUCUUUGUGAUAACAUGAUCAGAUUAGAGAAAGUAAGACAGAUAGAGAAACCCGUGGCGAACUCGGAUGUACGAAUCAAUAAUUAAACAAACGCUAGGUCAUUAAGAACGUCCUGCGAGCCUGUUCCCGAUGCGCAGCAAAGCGUUCUCAUGUUUAAUUGUGAUCCGUGCAUAUUCGCCUUCAUGUUAUUGUUAUUGCUGGUACUAACUGCGAUUUGUAUGUAAGUAGUUUUAGCCGCAUAAGAUAUAUGUAAUUUAUAUAGGCAGAUAUAAUCCUGUACAAGUGAAGACUCUAGCAUUGUUUGAGAUAUAGCUAAUAGAUGAUUAUAGUGUAAUUAAGUAAAAACCUUGUCUGAUUCCCAUAUGCCAUGUACAUACGUACGCGUUGUGUAUUACUGUGCAAUUCGCAGAAAAUUCGCUGUACUCAUGCGACGAAAAACGGAAGCAAUGAAAUUGACCGACCAAAGAAUGAACGAAAUCAGGCUGAUACUUUUAUAAUUUAGUGUACACACCCAUCCGUAUGUUUAGCGAAAAAAGCAUAUGUACGCGUGUGUUUAGAAACCUAGAAAAACCUGCGCGAAACCUUUCUGUAUUAAAGCUGAAAUAAAGUUGAGUAAAAAAUAAGA